AUGGCAGCAACAGUGGAUCUUGCCGAGUAUCUUUGGAUACGACUCGCUCAACUCAACGUUGGUUCAGUCCACGGAGUUCCGGGAGACUACAAUCUCACUCUCUUGGACUAUAUCAAGUCGACAGGAAUCACUUGGGUCGGCAACGCAAACGAAUUGAAUUCUGGUUAUGCUGCCGAUGGCUAUGCAAGAGUCAAAGGUAUCGGAGCCCUCGUUACCUCGUUUGGACCUGGAGAACUUUCGGCUAUCAAUGCAAUCGGCGGCGCAUAUGCUGAGAAAGCCCCGGUGGUGCACAUCGUCGGGACACCUCCGGUAGCUUCUCAGCAAGCUGGGGAUUGCCUACAUCAUUCCUUAGGUGAUGGCGAUUUCAGAGCAUUUGCAGAUAUGUAUAAAACUGUUACUGUUGCUCAGGCAAACCUUACGGAUGCGUCAACGGCUCCUCAAAUGAUCGACGCAACCCUGAAGGAGUGUCUUCGUCAAAGCCGGCCUGUUUACAUACAAGUACCUACAAAUAUGGUCAGAACCAAAGUCUCAGCGCCUGGCCAACCACUAGAUUUGUCUAGUGCCAGCUUCGAAGAAUCUUUUGAGGACCAAAUUGUUGAUGCCCUUGUGGCUCGCAUCCAAUACAGCAAGAAGCCCAUGAUUAUGGUGGACUCUUUUGCCACUCGACUUGGCAUCGAUGCUGAGAUAAACGAUCUGGCCUUGCUAACGAGCAUUCCUGUUUUGACGAGCCCCGGCGGCAAAGGAGUCGUUAGCGAACGCUUGCCCAACUUUCACGGCGUUCAUUUCGGAUCUGCAGGGGUACCGGCUCAUCAGACUUGGGCCGAGUCUCGAGAUUUAGUUCUUCGCUUUGGACCACUCAACUCCGAGACCAACACCUUUGGGUUCACCGCUCUGCCAGAUCCUCAAGUCACGGUGACGUUCGAUAAAUAUUCGAUCCACUGGGAUGGUCUGGAUGCCGCCGGUUGCACCCUCUCAACGAAAUCGGCUCUCCGAAAGUUAUUGCGACGGCUUGGAUCUCUUCCACUUCCGAUACCAGAACCAUAUCCGGCCGAGUGCCUUUCUCUUGGAACCAUGCUCAAAAAUCUACCCACACCAAGGGAGGAUGCUAUUGUGGACCAGUAUUCUUUCUGGCUUCUUAUCUCGAACUUCAUCCGCGAGGGAGACAUCGUCUUGACAGAGACUGGUACAGCGUCUUACGGUGGCCAGAGCGUUAUUCUUCCAGACAAUACAACGGUGAUCAAUUCUACAAUAUGGCUUUCCAUUGGUUACAUGCUCGCUGCUGCCCAGGGUGCUUCCCUGGCUCAAAGGGAAAUGCAACAGGACGGCACGCGGCCGUCAGGUCGAACCAUCUUAUUCGAAGGAGAUGGAAGUCUUCAGAUGACUACGCAAAGUAUAAGUGACAUGAUCCGGAACAGGCUCGAUGUUACUAUCUUUGUCCUGAACAACAACGGUUAUACCAUCGAACGGAUCAUCCACGGUUUCGAUGAGAGCUACAAUGAUGUCCAACCCUGGAGAAACCUGGAAGCGCCUAAUUAUUUUGGCGCCCCUAAAAAUGACCCCACGUAUCCUGUCAGGACUUUUUCAGCUAGGAAUUGGGGUGAACUUCAAACGAUACUCCGUUGUCCAGAGCUUCAGGAAGGGAAGGGAUUGAACAUGGUAGAAGUAAUAAUGGGCUCAGCUGAUGCUCCACAGUCGCUUGUGUCAUUUGUUCAGUAUUUAGUCAAAAGGAACCGAGGCGAGGCAUGA